ACGAGGCGGGCGGACCGCGGGCUGAGGAUCAUGUGUAGUCCACGCGCUGAAACUGGGUUAGUGCGAGCAGCGGAGCCAGAGAGAGCUGGAGGAAGAAGAAGAGUCGCCGUCGCUCUUUAAACGCAUAUAGCUCGACCUCAGCUGCAAAGGGAGACUAGUUCAGAACAUAGAGACACCAUUACGUUUAUAUAGGGUCAGGGUGUGAGAAGAGAGGGUAGAAAGUCCGUUUGAGGAUUUCGUUCCCGUAGCAGUUUUCAGUUUAUCCUGCUUGGAGUAAUAUAAAUGCCCGUCGCCCUCUGUGCUUUCUGGCUUCUUUUCCACUUGGAGUUACAUGCCCUGCAAAGUUGAUUAGACUUCACCGAAGAAAUGAGAGCUCAAAUUGAAGUGAUUCCCUGUAAAAUCUGUGGGGACAAAUCAUCAGGCAUUCACUAUGGUGUCAUCACCUGCGAAGGCUGCAAGGGUUUCUUUCGACGCAGCCAACAAAACAACGCUAUGUACUCCUGCUCGAGACAAAGGAACUGCCUGAUCGAUCGGACCAACCGUAACCGGUGUCAGCACUGCCGGCUGCAGAAGUGUCUCGCUCUCGGCAUGAGCCGUGAUGCUGUGAAAUUUGGUCGCAUGUCCAAAAAGCAGCGGGACAGCCUGUACGCAGAGGUCCAGAAACACCAGCAGUCGCAAGAGUGCGCGGGAGUCGGCGCCCGCGAGCAGAUUGUAGACCUGGCCGAACAUGGCCGCACCUACAGACGGGGCUCCAGCGCCACGCUCAGUGACCUGGAUGACAUCACAACCCUGCCAGAGGGCCUGCUUUUUGACCUGCCGCUGACCCCGGAGGAUGCGGGCGGAGAUUACUGCAACCUGGAAAUGAUGGGCGGAAGCGCGGGGAGCAGCUCGUCUUCUCAGAGCUCCCCAGAGCAGACCAGCUUGGACUUUGUUGACGGCAACCACAGCAUCAAACAUGAGUACCAGCUGUUGCAUGAGUCGGGACUCUUCUCUCAUGCCAUCCUCAACCCUUUGCCAGAGGGCUGCUCCUUGCUGGAAAUAGAGCGUAUAAUCCAGAGUGUGGUGAAGUCCCAUGUGGAGACAAGCCAGUACAGCACAGAGGAGCUGAAGAGAUUAGCGUGGAACAUGUAUAACCCAGAGGAGACACGCUCAUACCAGACCAAGUCCGCCGAAGUGAUGUGGCAACAGUGCGCGUUUCACAUCACCAACGCAAUCCAGUACGUGGUGGAGUUUGCCAAGCGCAUCUCCGGCUUCAUGGACCUCUGUCAGAAUGAUCAGAUCAUUCUCCUUAAAGCAGGCUGCAUGGACGUGCUUCUGAUCCGUAUGUGCCGAGCCUACAACCCCAUCAAUAAUACACUACUCUUUGAUGGAAAGUUUGCGAGUGCUCAGCUUUUUAAAGCUCUCGGCUGUGAUGACCUCGUGAACGCCGUGUUUGACUUGGCGAAGACUCUGAGUCGUAUACAGAUGUCAGAGGACGAGAUGGCUCUGUUCAGCGCUGCAGUCCUGCUGUCGCCAGACCGACCUUGGCUGACAGAUGUCCAGAAGAUCCAUAAACUGCAGGAAAAGGUUUAUGUGGGUCUGCAGCGUUGUCUGCAAAAAGAGGGAGCAUCAGAGGAGAAGCUAGCUAAGAUGGUGUCUAAGCUUCCCAUGAUGAGGUCCAUUUGUAAUCUCCACAUAGAUAAGCUGGAGUUUUUCCGCCUACUUCACCCCGAGACAGCGUAUGCUUUCCCUCCUUUGUACAGGGAAGUGUUUGGAAGUGAAAUCACCUUCCCGGACUCCACCGAGGGCUAGCCGCGCCACUCAGUUGAAUGGCGUCAUGAACAUAGUGACUCUGAUGUGGUUUUAGAGGAGGGUGAAAUGAGGUAACCGUCAUAAGGCAAAACCAACCAGCCCAGUGACAAUCCUGCACGUUACACUUUAGCGAACACUCCUCUCUCUCAUCUGAAGUCCAAAUCCCAUGGAUGGUAGCUUUCACUGCUCCGCAGGCUAACCUUUUUAACUAGACACACAACGGGAGCUGCUGGCUGGGUCGUCAGUGCACGUUACCUCCUUUGUAAAGAAGCGAAAAGCAUGGAAGAGUAGCCUACAUUGUUUUUAUUCACAAAAAAUAUUUUUCUAUAACACACCUAAAACUGCUUGUUGAGCUUAAUUCCUUUCUGGCAUUGAUGUUGUUAUUUUCACAGCUCCUGUGAACUAUUGUUGAAUGUACCCCCCUCUUCCUGUAAUCAUCCAUGGUAUACGAGAAUGUACAAACCUGCAGCAAAGUCCUCACCCGUCAUCGGGAGAUUUGCAGUAAAGAUGCUUGCUUCAGUUUAGUGCGGAAGCGAUGGUUGCUCCUUUGCGUAUUCUCGGUAGCGCCCACACAUUGCUGUUUUUGUAACAUGAACAAGCUUAAAGGGACCACGAUCAAACUCUGGUGCAGGAAGGCGUUCUUUUCUUUGUCAAUCAUGUUCAAACCUUCAACCCAGAGCAUGAGAGCAUAGCACUCAUGCAGAAAUCUGAUUGUUUGCACGAGCAAAACCUUAGAUUUGAUGUCAGUGAACUGUGAGUUGUUGCUUUUUUAUGUAAUCGAUGACCUCAGUCCAAAUCCCUUUUCCCCCCUUUUCCAAAUGCCACUUAGAAAGUGAGAUCAUUAGAGCUAUUGUGAAAGUAUUUUCAGAUGUACUUUUUUAUAUAUAUAAAAUAUAUUUAUAUAUAGAAACAUCUCAAAAGAGUGUAAAAUAAAAGCAGAGUUUAUACAAUGUAAAGAGAUGUCAGCCAUGUUGUUUUGUUCUGCUCGUCUUGUCCACGGUUUGAAUUUCUAAAAUAAGAACAACCGUAGCAGACAUUUAAAAAAGAAUGUGGUUAAUUAGCACUUACAAAUCCUUAAAAAAAAAAAAAGCUGGUGUUUGCAGCGCCACUGCCUGCAGUAAAGCCUUUUGUUAAAGCAGACAGAAAGUCUGCAACCGCCCUCUUACUUUGGCAGAGCUGUCUGAGCAGAGCUCUCCGAGGACGAUGUCCGUGGAAAGAUGUGUGGAAGUGCCACAUCUCAGCCGUCUCUUUUUUCUUUUUUUUCUUUUUUUUUUACCCACUAUAACCUUCAGCAGAGUCUCAACCAAAAUGUUUGAAAACUGUGAAUAAAUGCGCAAGCUGAAAAGAUAAACUACGAAUGAAGGAGAAGAGUUUAAGAUGGUCAAAAGGAUAUUGGUGUUGUUUAAGCUCCCUAUUGCCUCUUUGCUUUAGGGUCGGUCCAAUUAAAUGUGUUGAUCAGAGCUAGAUAACUUGUAUUCCUUACUCCCAGCUCCCUUACUACCUCACCUUCUCCAAACACUAGAUGGCAAAGCACAGGGUUGACAGAGCCGUCAGCUACCCCCCUGAGUUAAUACCUAUUUAUACACAGAGAGCCUAAAAAAUAGUUAAAUAAUGCUGGUAAAACUGGAAAGAAACUAAAUAAGGCGCUUUAUCUUUGGGUGGUAAAGACGUCUCUCUGACUGCUGUUCUGUUUAUUGCAGAGCAUUGUAUGCCUUUAGUUCCGGGAAGCCUGGGACAUACGCAGAUCUAUCUCGAGCUAGAUCUCUGGGGAUGCCUGGAGGCAUCGUGAAAACUUUUCAUUUUAGAAGUAGGCGGCUGUAUUAGAUUUCUGCAACACAAUAAAUCUUGUUGUACCAGCAGCCCAAAGAGGCCAUGAGAAAUGAAAUUAAAUCUCUAUGUUUGGAGUCCUGAGACAAUCACAUGACCGAUGUUGGGGGUUGUCUAUCUCAGAGUAAUCUUUAAGCCACGUUGGCUUAGCACUGCUGGGACAGUGCUGUUCACUGUUAGUUAUUUCAUGCAGCACGGAGAAAGGGGCGGGCGGGGGGUGUAUCUCCCUUUUUUCUGUACUUACGAUUGUGGCAUUGUGGGAUUGUGCAAUAAUGUCCUUCCCAUUGUUCUGAAUAUGUCAGGCCUUUACCGGCCGUAAUGUUUUCUCUACCACUCCAGCAUAAUAACCUCACGGCACCGCGAAUAAAUUUUGCUAAUAGCACAAUGUACCAAAUACGUAACUGACGUCUUUUACGGAACCGGCCGCAUGACAUUUGCAGAUUGUAACAAAGUACGACGCUUUGUGUUUGAGGCCUGAGAAUGUCAAAAGGUGUUAUAAAGAACUAUACAUGUAUAUAUACAUUUAUGCGGGAUUAAAAUUAGUCCAGAGGGCGGGGGACCUAUGAUCUGCACUUUCAUGUCCCUUUAGACUCACUCAGGGUGAUAGCUGGGCUCUCUGUCCUACGGCGUCUGCAGUUAGUCGGGCUAGCAGGGCACCUUGCACCAACAUAAAAGACCUUUAAACCUUUAUCACUGUGUACAGUACAUGUUCUUGUGAAUGUUUGAUUACAGAAGCAUCAAAGACUUUACCCCUCUCGUCUGAUAUCAUUAAUGCAAGACUUUUUUGUUGUUGUUGAAAACAUAGAUUAAAUAGGAGAUGAAACAAAACAACAGAUUAAUUGUAAUCUCUGAAUUCUAUGUCGGUUUUGUUGUGAUCUUUUUUUUUUUUUUUCUUGAUUUUUAUCCUGAAUUGUUAUACUGUUAUUAUUAUUACUAUUAUUGUUUCUUUUGCAGCAGUUAGGGUCCUUUUUUUUCUCUCAGAGAGAUGUGAUUCUAUUUUUUUUAAAGAGUUUUUAAAAAUGUCUCUCUAAAGGUUUCUCUUUCGUCAUGAUCCUCCUGUUUCUAAUCUUUUCACUUUAUUUUAAGAUUACUAUUGUUAUUAAAUCAAGAUAGAGUUGAAUAUGUAAUUAUUUAUGUCAAGGUUGUGAAGCCUAAGAGGUUUUAACACAGUGAAGUGUUGUUGCACAAUGGUGAUACUGUGUGUGGAUUUAAGAAUGUAAUAAAAGUCUUUUUACAAGUGAAAUUAA